CUGUCUCCUCCCCUAUUCACCGCAUCACUUGGUAGGGUCCUUGCUCCUUCUGUGGGCUGUGCCAUUAAGCUCCGGGGGGUGUUUCGGGAAGAAAGACAUUAGUGCUAGCGUUCGACCGUCGUUGUUCUCGCUGUGUAUUUGAAGUGAAUGCUUCAAUUGAUUCUAAUAAAGGGACUGGGGAUGUGCAUGAUAACAUUACGGUGCUGGGUUUGGAUUGUGUGAGCUGUCACUGGCACCCCUCUUCACCCUGCUGCUGUUGGUUCAAGUCUGGGUGUGGCGGAUCUUAGGGCCGUGUGAUCUGAGCUGCAGGGAGGCUGCGCUUUCUAACGGGAUCCGGGGAGCUCGAGUCAUCGGCGAUCUAGGAAAACCGAGCCCGAGGCCACGAGAUCUGUUCUCCUUUGUUUUGUGGCCACGGUGCAAGUUCGUUCCAGGUUUCCAGGAUGAGUGAACUGGAACAGUUACGGCAAGAAGCGGAGCAACUGAGGAAUCAAAUACGAGAUGCCCGGAAAGCUUGCAGUGACACAACGCUCGUCCAGAUCACAGCAAGUUUGGACUCUGUAGGCCGAAUUCAAAUGCGAACGCGUCGCACACUGAGGGGCCACUUAGCAAAAAUCUAUGCCAUGCACUGGGGAUCAGACUCAAGGCUAUUAGUCAGUGCAUCUCAAGAUGGAAAAUUAAUUAUUUGGGACAGUUACACAACAAACAAGAUGCACGCUAUUCCUCUGCGAUCCUCCUGGGUGAUGACUUGUGCAUAUGCUCCAUCUGGAAAUUAUGUUGCUUGUGGCGGAUUAGACAACAUCUGCUCCAUCUACAACCUAAAAACGAGAGAAGGCAAUGUGCGAGUGAGCAGGGAGUUACCAGGCCACACAGGUUACUUGUCAUGCUGCCGCUUCAUUGAUGAUAAUGAAAUUGUCACAAGCUCAGGAGACACGACCUGUGCUCUUUGGGACAUUGAAACUGGCCAACAGACAACGACUUUCACAGGACACACUGGAGACGUCAUGAGUCUGUCUCUGAGCCCCGACAUGAGAACUUUUGUUUCCGGUGCUUGCGAUGCUUCAUCUAAGCUGUGGGACAUCCGAGAUGGGAUGUGCAGGCAGUCAUUUACUGGUCAUGUGUCUGAUAUUAACGCAGUAUGCUUUUUUCCCAAUGGACAUGCGUUUGCAACUGGCUCUGAUGAUGCUACCUGUAGACUGUUUGACCUGCGCGCGGAUCAGGAACUGAUGAUGUAUUCUCACGACAAUAUCAUUUGCGGUAUCACUUCAGUAGCAUUCUCCAAAAGUGGGCGUCUAUUACUAGCUGGAUAUGAUGACUUCAACUGUAACGUGUGGGACACCUUGAAGGGUGAAAGAGCAGGAGUCCUCGCCGGCCACGAUAACCGCGUCAGCUGUUUAGGUGUAACCGACGAUGGCAUGGCUGUAGCUACAGGGUCUUGGGACAGUUUCCUCAGAAUCUGGAAUUAACUGGGAGGAAGAUUAACGGUCUUGUACAUUCUCCACCAAGAUCUGGAGAGAUCAAUGCUGCAGCCUAUAGCUGUGAAAUAACAUUUCUACCUUGUAUUUGCAGGUGAAGUUUUUUCUAUUCACUGAUUAUUAUUACACAAAAA